AUGGACCCGUUAUUGAGCAGGGCUGUUCUUUAUACAUUUGGCUUUUUCCUAGUGGCUGUUCAUGGGACCCAUUACCGGAUGUACGGAUACCCCAUGCAUAACAGCUACGUCCUCCCUCCUAUGGUCCAUGGUAGCGCAGUGUUUCCGGUACCCAGACCUGGAAUAUUAGCCAGCCCUCCUCACACUGCAAAAGUGCGCCCCAGGACCCUUCAAGUGAACCGGCCAACAGACAAUGCCUGUAAGAGCCGCCCCAUGGAUCUGGUGUUUAUAAUUGACAGCUCCCGCAGUGUCCGCCCUCAGGAGUUUGAGAAAGUCAAGAUCUUCCUUUCAGAUAUGAUUGACACAUUAGAUAUCGGUGAGCGUGCAACUCGUGUAGCCGUGGUGAACUAUGCCAGCACGGUGAAGACAGAAUUCUUCCUUAAGACCUACUUUAACAAGCCUGAAAUGAAAAAGGCCAUCUCUUUGAUUAAACCGCUGUCCACUGGCACCAUGACUGGGCUCGCCAUACAGACAGCCCUAGAUGAAGCAUUUACAGAGGAAUCAGGAGCUCGCCAUGUGUCCUUCAACAUACCUAAAGUGGCCAUCAUUGUGACAGAUGGCAGACCCCAAGACAGGGUACAAGAUGUAGCUGCCAAGGCUCGUGAUGCUGGUAUAGAGAUAUAUGCGGUGGGAGUAGAUAGGGCCGAUAUACAGUCUCUUAAGCUGAUGGCCAGUGAUCCAUUAGAUGAUCAUGUUUUUUAUGUGGAAACGUAUGGAGUCAUUGAGAAGCUCACCUCAAAGUUUGAGGAGUCUCUUUGUGGAGUCGAUUUCUGUGCUCCGGGCCGCCACGACUGUGAACACAUCUGUAAGGCCACCGCUACUUCCUAUCACUGCAAGUGUCAUGAGGGCUACAUCUUGAACCUGGACAAGAAGACCUGCUCACGUGUAGAUAUAUGUGCACUGGGGAGACACGACUGUGAACAGAUCUGUGUGGCAUCCACUACGUCUUAUCAAUGCAAGUGUCGCGAUGGCUAUUCUCUCAACCCCGACGAGAAGACCUGUUCACAGGAGGCGCGAAGUGUUGUUCAGAUAGAAGAUCCCUGCAAAUGUGAAAAUCUGGUCGCCUUUCAAGGCCAAGUCAACACUUAUAUUGAGUCUCUGACUACAAAACUAGAUGAGCUUACAAAAAAAUUACAAGUCUAUGAAGGAAAAAGAAACUGA